AUGGAUAACAAAAGUUUUGAAAAUGAUUUCAAAACAAAUACUAUUACUCCUGAUCAAUCAUCUAUCCCCACCGAUUCUACUAUUCAGUUAUGGCCAACCAAUGGCAAAUCUCAAGCUGGAGAAGAUAAUAUUCAUAGUAUUCCAAUUGAAGAACUUUACAAUCGUUAUCAUACUAAUCCACAAACUGGUCUAUCUGAAGAUUCUAUAUCCGAUACUCGUGCGUACUAUGGUUACAAUAGACUUACGCCACCUGAACCACCUAAUUAUUUUUUGCUUUUAAUUAAACAAUUGUUUACUGGUUUUAAUAGUAUCUUGUGGUUUGCUGGUAUUCUCGCUUUUCUUGCAUACAAACCAUUUGGAGAGUCUAAAUCAGCAGUGUCAAAUUUAGCAUUGGGUAUUGUCAUUUUUAUUGUUAUUAUAUGUAAUUCAAUUCUUAAUGUAUAUCAACAACUUAAAUCAAUUAAAAUUGUAGCUGCAUUUUCAAAAUUAAUACCAGCAUUAGCCACUGUUCGACGAGAUGGACGAGAACAACAAAUUGUUACUGAUGAAAUUGUUCCAGGUGACAUCAUUCUUGUUCGAAUGGGUGACAAACUACCUGCUGAUUGUCGUUUCAUUUCAUGUGAUGGUGUCAAGGUAAAUACAUCAGAACUAACUGGUGAAUCAAAACCAGUUUCAAUUACAGU